CAGAACUUCAACGCAGAUCAGUGGAAACAUUUCAACAACGCCAUACCACACAUCUUCAAGAAUCUGCAGGACAUGGAUGAACGUCGGACGGUGAAGCUGGGCGAGACAUACCGGAGCUUUGCCGAGGCGGAGCGGAGAGUCAUUCCCAUCGUCUCCAAAUGUCUAGAAGGAAUGGUUUCUGCCGCCAAAGCUGUCAAUGAACGAAAGGAUUCGGCCAUCGUCGUGGAGUCAUUUAAGUCCGGCUUCGACCCCCCUUCCGACUUCCCCUUCGAGGACUUCAGUCAGAAUCUGAGCAGAACAGGUUCAGACGGGACCAUCAGCAACACGCCCAAAGGAGAACGAGACAGAGACGGAGCCCCGGGGCCGAGAUCGGACCCAAAACAUCAGAUGAGCAGAACCAAGAACAAACUGUGGCGGUUUGGGAAGAAACCAAAG